AUGGGUGAAAUUGAACUCUGCUUUCCAAACCUCACCUCCUCCUGUACAAAGCAGACGCGUCCACACACUGAGGCCGUGUUCAUCUACAUCCUGCUGUCCUUCAUCGCUCUGCUGACUGCAACCCUCAACCUGCUCGUCAUCAUCUUCAUCUCCCACUUCAAGAAACUUCACACUCCCACCAACCUCCUCCUCCUCUCUCUGGCUGUCUCCGAUUUCUGUGUGGGCCUCCUCAUGUCCUUUCAGAUUAUCCUGACAGACGGCUGCUGGUUCCUCGGUGAUGUCUUGUGUACUCUGUACUGUGCUUUAGACUACAUUACCACCUCGGCCUCAGUAGGAACAAUGGUGCUGAUAUCGGUUGACCGCUAUGUGGCUAUUUGUGACCCGCUGCAUUAUCACACCAAAGUCACUAUGAGAAGAGCUACUGUGUGUACCUGUCUCUGCUGGGCCUGCUCAAUCCUAUACAACGGUGUCUUACUGAAGGACAACCUCAAACAGCCUGGCAGGUAUAACUCCUGCUCUGGAGAGUGUGUGGUUGUCCUUAGCUACAUGAUGGGAGUUGUUGACUUAAUUUUCACCUUCAUCGGUCCCGUUAGUGUCAUCAUAGUUCUGUACGGCAGAGUAUUUGUGGUGGCGUUGUCUCAGGCUCGUGCCAUACACUCUCAUACUGCAGCAAUCACACUCCAGGGUUCAGAGACUGCUCACACCAAGAGAUCAGAGCUUAAAGCAGCCAGGACUCUCGGUAUAGUCAUCAUUGCCUUUCUGACAUGUCUUUGCCCAUUUUACUGUUCCUCUCUCGUAGACCAGAACAGCUUGUUUGUGGUUACAUCAGUGCCCUUAGAGCUCUGGUUGUUCUACUGUAACUCUUGUCUGAACCCAGUGAUCUAUGCAUUUUGCUACCCCUGGUUUAUGAAAUCUGUUAAGCUCAUUCUUACAUUAAAGAUCUUUGAUUCUGACUCCUCUGAGGCCAGCAUAUUAUAA